AUGUUCAAGCGAGGGGAUCUCAAUGGGGGGAGUCACCGUGGCGUAGAUAGUGUUGAGACGUAUGAGCAGAGAAGAUGCAUGCCGAGUGAAGCACCCGUUAAGGAUUCUCAGUUGGUAGGUGCAGAUGGAAGUGAAGACCUACAAGAGAGCCGCAAAUCCGUAUUGAGCAUUAGCCCUAUGAAGACCAAUUUAGGGUUAGGGUUGUUCCCGGUCCAGAAUGGUCUUGAAGAGAAUGGCGUAAGGGGAAGAGGAUGCGGAAGAUCGAAUAAUUGCCGAGAUGGGGAUGAGCAUCUGGCCUACACAAGUCAGUCUAGGUGUAGCUUUGUCAACAAGGAUAGGCAAUUGCGUUAUAAUGGCAUUAGCAUUUCGGGGAAGAUCGAAAAAAUGACGGAUGGUCCGACCAACGCAGGGGUACUAAGCCGUCUUAGUGAAGAGGCGGGUUUGGGGAAGACCCGCCGAGACAACUCUGGGAACUCCACGGAGGCACCCUCCCCGUGUGCUAUCUGUAUGGAGGGGAAAAAUGGCCUAGUCAAAGGGGUUGUCAAUGGGGUCAUCAAUGGGGUGCGGAGGAAGGUGAUCAAAAGGGUGGAGAAGAAGGACGAUCAGGGGGGCAGCGGUGAUGGGAGUAGCCGUGAUGGGAGUAGUGGUAACUCCAGUGGUGGUGACACCAAUCGGGAGGCUUCCCCUCCCAUGCGGGGCAGCGAACGUAACAGUGCAGACACUCCCCGAAAAAGUGACGAAAAGGAUGGCACAAAGAAGCAGGAACGCAAGCGGGCACAGAAGAAGGCGCAGAAACGGGCACAAAAACAGGCCCAAAUAGCAGACAUAAGAAAAAGCAUUAACAACAUUUUACGAUCCUCCAAUGUGCCCCCAAAAGAAAUACUCAAAAGGACGAGCCGCAGAUUUUCGGAUACCUUUCUGUACUUAACAAAAGGGUACCAUAUGAACGUAGGAAAAGUUAUAAGAAAAUCUCUGUACAAGAGAAAUUACAAAAAUAGUUCCCUCAUCAAGAUAAGUGGCAUUCAUAUUUACUCUCUGUGCAAACAUCAUCUGUUGCCAUUCGAAGGAGAGUGCACCAUCGAGUAUGUCCCCAACAGAUAUAUUAUGGGUCUGUCCAAAUUUGCGAGAGUUAUCGACAUAUUCGCUAGGAGGUUACAGCUACAGGAAGAUUUAACCAAUGACAUUUGUAACGCUUUGGGGAGAUAUUUGAAGCCUAAAUAUAUUCACGUCAAUGUUGUGGCAAGACAUUUGUGCAUUAAUAUGCGCGGAGUGAAGGAACACGAUGCGACUACUGUGACGAAUGCGUACUAUGGAGUAAAAAAUGAUACGCGUCCGAAUCAGGCGGUGGAUGGACUUACGCUCGCCCCCCUUCCAUGA